AUGGCGACCCCACGAUCCCCGAGUCCUCGCGGCGACGAGCUCCUUGACUCAGCGCCGCUGCUCGGCGGCGGUGGGCGGCGCCGUGGCGCGCUGCGCCGGCCAUCGCUCCGUGGGACGGCGCGGCUGCUGCGGCAGGGCGGUCGGCGGGCGAUGCGGGAGCCGUCCCUGCUCGUGCGGGAGACUGCGGCGGAGCAGCUAGAGGAGCGCCAGGCCGACUGGGCGUACUCCCGCCCUGUCGUGGCACUCGACCUCCUCUGGAACCUCGCCUUCAUCCUCACCACCGCCGUCGUGCUCGUGCUCAGCGGCGACGAAAGCCCGUCUGUGCCGCUCCGUAUUUGGGUAGCCGGGUAUGCCGUUCAGUGCGUCCUGCACAUGGUCUGUGUUGCCAUGGAGUAUCGUGUGCGUCACGGCCAGCGUGGCGGGUCCUCUACGGCCGCCGACGAGGAGAGGGGCACUGAUGGAUCAUCCUCGUCCAUAGACGACGCCGGAGAGAGCGGUCCCCAUGGACGCACUGGCGACUUCGUCAGUGUAGCAAAACAUCUGGAAUCUGCUAAUACAAUGUUCUCCUUUAUAUGGUGGAUAAUUGGAUUUUACUGGGUAUCUGCUGGUGGACAAGUUCUUACCCAUGAUGCACCUCAGCUCUACUGGCUUUGCAUCGUAUUUCUGGCAUUUGAUGUUUUCUUUGUCGUCUUUUGUGUUGCUCUGGCUUGCAUCAUUGGUAUUGCUGUUUGUUGCUGCCUCCCUUGUAUCAUAGCAAUUUUAUAUGCAGUAUCAGAUCAGGAGGGUGCUUCCGAAGAUGACAUUCGCCAAAUUCCGAAAUACAAAUUUCGGAGGAUGGAAGAGCCUGAAAAGCAAUCUGUCACCACAACUGAAUCUUCUGGUGGAAUAAUGAUAGAGUGUGGUACUAACCAACCUAUUGAGAAAGUACUUGCAGCUGAAGAUGCAGAGUGCUGCAUCUGCCUUUCAGUGUAUGAUGAUGGCGCAGAGCUGCGUGAACUCCCUUGUGGCCACCAUUUCCACUGCGCUUGCAUUGACAAGUGGCUUCACAUCAAUGCAACUUGCCCUUUGUGCAAGUUGAAUGUGCGGAAAAACAGCAGCAGCAGUGGUAGUGAAGAAGAGAUAAGGCCUCAAGCCCUCAACGGUGCAUGCGACACACCGCACGUCGCAUUCCUCCUGGCCCGCCAGCCCAGCCUCGCCAUGCUGCAAGCACGCCGGUCAUACAACUCCACCGCAAAGAACGUCAACACGUCUCUCAUCCACACAGCUGUACUCGUUGCACGUAACGUUCAGUACAAUGGUGAGCGUCCGCUCGCUCAUGACUUGUUCCGUUUACCUUUUCCACCAUAG